UUGACAACUUUAUAUAGCCAUUCAUUAUUUUAGAUCAAUUCGAUUCAAUUCAAAAUGUCCAUAAAAUCAUAAAGUUUUCACCCAAACACUCAUUGUGUGCUCGUGCUCGAACAUCUGUUUCCAUCGCGACAAGCCUAACUUUUUGGAUAAACUCCCCAGAAGAGAGUGGAAUCUCAGCAAUCGGGCAAACAGGAGGAAGUGACCACACAUACAAAUCUGCAUCACCAUAUCUAAUCGACUUACACAAGAUUCCAAAGUCACUGGAUUCAUGGGCUUGGAGGCACAAUGUCUGAAUUGCCGAGUAUUAAAGUGACAGAUGAACAUUUGAAGGGCAGCAAGGAGCAACAACAAGUUGUUGGAUCACCAACGACCGAAGGAGGGAGACCACGCUCUGCAACUUCAUCCGAAGACAAUGGGCAUUCCACAACUCCAAGGAAGUCUGCGAUAAAACUCAUUCGAAAUGGAGUGGCCAAAGAGAACGGAAGUGACACAGCAUCUGCACGAACUUCUACUGCUAUUGACCCUCUAUCACAUCACAUUCUGAAGCGUACGAAUACCGAAAACACAAUCCCACAAAAACUUCGAAAUGCUUCUGUCUCAGGAAUCUCAGGAAGCGUUCUCCCAGAGGUCCCAGAGCCAGGGAGUUCUAGCACAGGCUCUCCUGGUAGGCAAAUGACCCCGGAGAUUCGCAGCGACAGUAACCUAGCAAAAGACAAGAAGAAAGGAGUCUCGUUUUUGAAUCGUUUCAAUCUACUAGGGGGAAAGAAGAAUGAAGAGCUAGAGAUGGAUGAUGAUGAAUCAGAAUUGGGCGAUCCACGCACUGAGGGCAUGAAUGCCCAUGUAUUUUCCUCAUCAAUAGGGGCAAACGGCUAUAUUCCGAGACACAAGGAGCCCCCACGAUAUAUCAAAGUUCGAGCUCAUCACAAGAGGACUAUGGAGUUCAAUCGCAUGUUUCUCGCCCAGGAAUUGAGCGGCACGAAAAAUCCGUCCAAGAACGAGAACGUACAAACUCCGACAAAUUCGGAACAUCCUAACAAGUUGUCAAAGCCACCAAGGUCAAACGGUGCAGUCUGGGCAGCUGAAUUUAGUAAAGAUGGAAAAUAUUUCGCCGCGGCGGGGAAGGAUCGAGUGGUUCGAAUCUGGGCAGUGAUAUCGACCGCAGAGGAGCGGCGAGCGCAUGAAUUUGAUGAGGAUGGUGAAAAAUUGAGCGCACCUGUUUUCAAAUCCAAACCGGUACAGGAAUUUGAAGGCCAUACUCUGGAUGUUCUGGAUCUUAGUUGGAGCAAGAACAAUUUCCUGCUAUCUUCUUCAAUGGACAAGACCGUUAGAUUGUGGCAUAUAAGCAGGCCGGAGUGUUUGUGCACCUUUAACCACAAGGACUUUGUUACGUCGAUAGCCUUUCACCCCCGAGACGAUCGCUUCUUUUUGGCUGGGUCACUAGAUUCAAUUCUUCGGCUUUGGAGUAUUCCGGACAAAAGUGUCGCCUUUUGGAACCAAUUGCCGGGUCUUAUAACAGCGGUAGCUUUCAGUCCAGAUGGUAAGACCGCUAUAGCUGGUGUUCUCAGUGGGAUCUGCUUAUUCUACGAGACCGAGGGCUUAAAGUACCACACUCAAAUCCACGUCCGAUCAUCAAGGGGAAAGAACGCAAAGGGAAGCAAAAUCACUGGUAUUCGCACGAUUGUUUAUCCUCCUAAUGACCCGGAAGGUGAAACAAAAGUUUUGAUCACUUCAAAUGAUUCUCGAGUUCGUAUGUACAACCUUCGAGAUAAAGCUUUAGAGAUGAAGUUCAGAAGUCACGAAAAUGCCUACAGUCAAAUCACUGCCCAAUUCAGUGAUGAUGCAAAGUAUGUUAUAUGUGGCAGUGAGGAUCACAAAGCUUACAUCUGGUCUCUUGGGGUUACGGAUAAUGAGAGCAAGGACAAAAGGCCAUGUGAAUUCUUCGAGGCUCAUUCUGAGGUUGUCACAGCAGCUGUCAUGGCCCCAAUGAAGUCUAGGAUACUUCUCAGUGGCUCUGGAGAUCCCCUCUACGAUUUAUGCAACCCCCCGCCCGUGACUCUGCUUAGUAGAGAAGAAUCGAUUCUUCCCUCGACAUCUCGUGCAACCAGUCAAGCAGGGAAUCGCGAUUCUGCUGCGAUUUCUGUUGAAGAUGUUCAAGAACCUCGAAUCAAAAAGCCUGAACAGUCCUCUGCAUAUCUUGCUAGAUCCAAUCACAAUGAUGGCAAUAUCAUUGUAACCGCGGAUUACCUUGGUCGCAUAAAGGUCUUUCGACAAGAUUGCGCUUAUCAAAAAAGACGUAAUGACCAAUGGGAAACUUCAUCUCAAUUUUCCAAAAAGAUGCUCGCUCGAAGCAGCAGCAUUAUGACACGUCAAAGUGGUGGUUCCCAGUCUCGCCGAACCUCGAUCUCCCAGAGUUCUAUUUCAGGGCCAGUCACGCAAUUUGACAAUCACAUUCUCGACUGGCGCAAGUCAAUUUCCAACGAUAGACCUAAGACCUCCAGUUCUCACACCAAACCUCCUCCCUUUAGCAAUCGCAGUGACCGUAGCAUAUCACCCGGUAAGAUCACUCGCACUCCUUAUUCGCCAUCUUCCCCGGCAAACCUUGCAAGCGCAACUCGUCAACUGCAAUACGGUAUUGUUGUGCCCACAACUACAACAACGAUAAGUGGCGGUCAUCGGCCACCUUCCAUUGCUACAAGUAGCCCUCCUCAAUCAAUCUUCAAAACUCAAUCGCACCAGGCUCUCCCAAGUCAACCGCCCACUCCGUCCUUCACACUCAAUCCCGCAUCACCUCCUCCCAACGGAGAUAGCAGUUCUAGUGUCUAUAAAAUAGAUUCUACAGGCAGAUCCUACCAAUUUUGGAACGCAGCAAAUUGGAAGAACAACUCAAAUGCGGACCAAAAUGGGAACAAAUUUGGUCCAGAGCUUCUUCGGCCUGGCACCUCAUCUCGUGGAAGCAGCAUCAACUCUAGAUUAAGCAGUGAUGCAAAUUCUGAUCUGACAGAUGUGGAUCAAGAGGUAGAAGGAGAAGCUAGUGAUGGCAGUGAUCAGAUGCUUGCAUGUAGAAAAUGUGGAGGGAAGGACUUUAGGGCUAAGAAGGUUGGGGUGGGUGUGAGCAGAGCUCAAAAGUUGGUGUGUACAAAGUGUGGGACAGUAGGCAGCGGGUGACGGAAGAAUUGAGUUUCGGGCAUUGUUUUUGAACGAGAGAAGAGGGCAGCAAUCACGCAAGGAAGAGAAAAUAAAACGAGUGUAGAAAAUUGGAAGCGGAAGUGAAAAGAUGCCCGCAGGCGUUGGAUUAAAAGCUAUAUGAGUUCAUCGGGUUGUAAAGCGAGCAAUUGAUAGUAAAGCAUUUUGAGCAUAGCAUAGCAUUUGGUGUUGGAUUCGGUAUUUGGAUACCUUUGGUAUAUCUUUAUUCAGCGUAGAUCAGGCAGAAAGUGCAAACAUGGAUAUUUUCUAUCCUGAUCAUCUAGAUCU